CCUUGAACCGCUAAAAGUCUUGCGCCUUUCGUCGCUACUGUAAGUUUAGCCAGCUGUCAGUUUGUGCUGUCGCUUCAAAAUUGAUGUUUUCCGUCAGCAUUCACAUGUAAGGGGGUUUAUAAUAAAGGCUUCGUUUGUCAACAUGCCCAAAGGAGGUAAGAAAGGUGGCCACAAGGGUCGCGUGCGGACAUACACGAGCCCCGAGGAGAUAGACGCUCAGAUGAAGGCGGAGAAGGAGAGGAAAAAGCAUGAACAGGAAGAAGAGGGGGAGGAGGGUGCAGCUCAGAAUGAUAUGGCAGAGGAGAAGUUACCAGCAUCAGGAUCAGAGGACAGCGAUGAUGAAAAUUCCCAGAGGAGGAGAGCGGGUGUGGAGGGCUUGAUAGAAAUCGAGAACCCUAACAGAGUGGCUCAGAAGUCCAAGAAGGUGACUCAAAUCGAGCUGGAUGAGCCCAAGCAGUUAUCAAGGAGAGAGAGAGAAGAGAUUGAGAAGCAGAAGGCGAAGGAGCGCUACAUGAAGAUGCACUUGGCAGGGAAGACAGACCAGGCCAAAGCUGACCUUGCUCGCCUCGCCAUUAUCAGGAAACAGAGAGAGGAGGCGGCAAGAAAGAAAGAAGAAGAGAAAAAAGCGAAAGAAGCAGCAGCAGCAGCAGCUAGAGGAAUAAACUCCCUCUCACUGAAAUGAUGCAGAGUAUUUAUCAGAGGCAUUCACACACGUUCGUGGACUGGCUAAAUAUAUAUUUGACUAUUUUUAAAGGAAGAGCUAUGAAGAAUAUUUGACAUUACUGUAACGUAUGACCAUUUGGAAAAUGGUUGAGGAGACACCAGUGGAGAGGGGUUGUGUAUGUUUUGGCAUGGAAUUACGGCCUGGUUGAUCACUCCUGGAGGUAGAGUUACAACUGAGAAUACAUCGGUCUUCACAUACACUUGGAAUAAACCCCUUCUAACCUACGAGCUUGUACAUGAUAUUAAUAAUAAUUAUACUUAUCAUUGUACAAUUCCAACUUUGCUAACUGAGCUUUGCCACUGUUUUUUUUUUUUGGAUCAUACAUUGUAUAUAACUGACUCAUGAAAAUAUUUCAGAUUAAUAUGAUGAAACCAG